AUGAAGAAAGUAACCGACGAAAAGACAAACGAAUUAAAUAAAAGGGAAAGGAAUGAAACUGAUGCAAAUGUUGAUAAGGAGGUGACAAAUGGUGUAUUGAUGAUAUUGGAAAAUGAAAGCAAAAUGAUUAAAAAACAUUGUCUAAAGAGUGUAGAAGGUGAAGACAUCCUAAGAGAAGAAACAAUAUUCAAAGACAAUGUUCGAUGUUUAAGAAGAACACUGUCAGAUGAAAAAGAUGUUGAAUUAAUUCAUUCGAGGGGUAUGAAAAAAAAAAAUGCAAUAAAUAAAACUUCACGUAUGGAUGAAUUUAUUAGGAGUAAUAUUUACGAAUCAUCAUGUGAUUCUAACUACAUUUGUAGGAAGAAAGAUGCGAUAAGAAACUUCUGUCCUCGAAGGUACAUAACUAUUGAUUAUGAAAAGAAUGGAAAAACAAAUACCAUAAUGAGUCAAUUGAAAAAAACAUGUACAAGUAGCAGCUGCAAUGGGAUAAGCGACGAAUUCGCAAAAUUCGCUAAUGGAUGUUACGAGGAUAUUAGGAAGUACCCUUCUGAGUGCCAAAUAAAGAGGGGAGAAAAAUUGGAGGAAGUAAAGUUAGAGGAAGUAAAAUUAGAGGAAGUAAAAUUAGAGGAAGUAAAUUCCCAGAUUUGUAAUCCCCAAAGUGUAAUGAAAAACAGCUUGCCUUGGACGAAAAGAAAUUGCGAAGGUGUUAAUUUCCUGUGUAAGGGCUCCCCUGUGAAUAUUCCACUAAUGAAAGGUUGCAACAACAACUGGGAAAAACAGGAUCCAAAUCGAUAUAUAGGUAAUGUGGAUACUGCUGAUGGCAAACUAGAAGAUGGUGAAAAUGUGAUAUAUGAAGAAAGAGAAGAACAGGUAGAUGUUGAUACAGUUAAAAGUAUCGAAUCGGCCGAUUAUACAAAUGUGGAUGCAGCUGAAAUAGAUUGGAUUACUAAAGAAAAGGAAAAUCACCAAAAGAAUAAUUCCGAAAGUGAAAAUAAGACAAAUUUUAAUGUUUCAAAAAUGGGUAAUAACCAUGCAGGUAGAAAUUUUUUUGAAAAUAAAAAUGAAAUGAAAAACUUGGAACUUGAAAUUGUAAAAAAGGAAAUAUAUAAGGGGAGAAGAAAUGACAACAAUAAUGACACAGACCAUUUUAACGUAAACGUGAGAACUGAAUCAAUUCAUACUGAUAUUACAUAUUCUGGAGGGAUUGCAAUGGGUGUGGGAAUAUCACAGGGCGACAAAGAUAAAGAGGACCUUAUUUCGAAUAUAUAUUUUAUAGAACAAGAAAAGAAUAAUAAUAUAAAUGAGGAUGAGAUGAAAAUAGAAAAAAACAUUCCUUCUAUUAGAAGCACGCUUAGCCACGACUUAAUGAACCCCCAAAUUUUAUGUAUCGAUGGUUUGGAUAUGAAAAAAGAUGAUUAUUCCCCAAAUGGAGGAGAAAAAAGAAAUGAUAAAUGUACUUAUGGAAGAAACGCAUAUUCCCAAAGUAGCAUAACAAAUGUAUAUUCUAAAGCUAGCACUGUAAAUUUUUUAAAGAACAAUGUGAUAUUUAGGAGAAAAAGAACAGAUAAUAAGAUUUUUAAGACAAAUAAUAAUCAGAGAAGUAGCAGUGGCUGUGUUAGUAAGAAUGAGAGUAAAAUGUUCUAUAGAAAUUUGAAGAAAGAAGAGGAGGGAGAUAGGAAAAUGUUAAAAAAAAAUAAUGUAGUAUUUCACAUGAAAAAUAAUUGUUUUCCAUCUGAAAAAUGCACCUCUAUAUAUGUGGAAAAGCACAAGGUAAAUUGUCUUUCUAAAAAGGAGACAAAAAAUGAUACCUCUUCUAACAACACAGAGAUAGGAAGCAUUGUAAUGACUGAGGAAGAAAAAGAGCCAAGUAUAGCAUAUUUGAGGAAUAACUUCAGAAAUGAAAAGAAAUGGGAAAUUUCCUUGAAAGGAUUAAGAAAUGAAAAGAUAUGUACAACAAAGGAUAUAGAAAAUCAUUCUUUUGUUGUAAAUAGGUCAAGGUGUGAAAUAAAUAGUAUGCACCCAAGAGUGUAUGUAAGCAAAAUGGAUGAAGCGGAUGAGAUUUCUUUGCCUUUAGACUGCAAAUCUGAUGAGGUGGAUGAGGUCCUUGUGGAGGAGAAGAAAAACGACAGAUUCAUAUCAUCAUACACAAUGUUAAAUAAUCAUGCGAAAUUAUGUGCUUGUGCUGAGGAAAGGAAACAGUCUUUAACGUGUCAAAUGAGACGUAGCAUGGACACGGUAUCAUUUGAAAAAGAAAUUUUUUGUGAUAAUGCAUUAGGUGAAAAGGAAGAAAAUAUAUUCCAUCGUACAAAUGGGACGUUAAGAACACAAGAAAUGGACAAUAAUUUAGCAAAUAAGGAUCCGAAGAAAUACAAUUUACUUCACAUCCAUCAUAUGUAUAGGAAUGUUCACUUGAAUGAAAUCAUAGGGGGGGAAGUGAAGAAGAGGGAGAAGAGUAAGGAGGGAAAAAUAAAUAAUAAAUCUAGUUCUUCGCACAUUUAUAAUAUGGUUAGAAAUAAUCAUAUCACCAAGAGUGUAGACGUAGGUGAAAUUAGAGAGACAGAAAAUCCUUCCUUGAGGAAAUCCUUUAAUGAUAACGCUUUCAGCAUAAUGAAUAUUCAGCAAAGUAAGCAGAAAAAAAAUAUCAUAAGUAAUAGAUAUGUUAUUCCUACAGAAAUUGAUUUUAAUAGGAAUGGCACUAGUUAUGAUAAUAUAAUUAUGAAUAAUUAUAAGAACAGGAAAAAUAACCAUACGAAUCGUACCGACAUAGAGAGUAAGAUGAUAAAGGCAGACUGCAGAAGCUGCAACAAAAUGAAUUUCAUACAUUGCAAUGAUGCAGAUGUGGUAAGAAACUCCUUUCAUAGUGGUAAAAUAUUCAAUGAAAUGAAAUAUAAGCAUAGUGAUAACCAGAACAAUUUAGCAGAAAACAAUUGGGGGAGAAUUAAUAAAUCCCUGUUUAUAGUGAGGAGUAACAAUGGGUAUGAUCAACAUGACCUGAACAAAGUGUUACAAAAUAAAAUAAAUAAUGAAUGUUAUAGUAGUCAUGCGGAACAAAAUAUAAGAAAUAGUUUUAUGUCAAAACUUGGUGGAACUAUUUUUUCUACCAUUUCUACCAUAGGGAAAGGUGAAAAGUUGACAAAUAAAAAUAAAUUUCGCAUAAGACACAGGAAUUCCUAUGUGUUAGACAAUUCACCAGAGAUGAAUACUAUAUAUACUACAAAUCAUAAAAACGAUAGACAUUUUAAUAAAUUUGUUAAAAAUAAAUUAGUAGUGAAAGGAGGGGAAUGUUAUUCUCUCGAAAAUCACACUAACCAGAUGGAAAAAACAUUAGAUAAGGUAAAGUCAAAUGGAUUCUACUAUGAUAGAAAAAAAAUUAAUGAACAACAUAUCCAUAAUUUUGAUCAAAAUGAAGUAAAAAAGAGUAUCGAAUUUGCAAAAAAUGCAGGAAAUUGUUACACGGAAAGGAAAAACAAAGGAGGGGGCACAAGCAAGAUAUGUAUGAACAAGUAUUUCAUAUCUAAUAGGAAUAGUUUAAACAAUCAAAAUAAAUUGUUUGACGUCAAUAAAGAAUGCACUUGUAACGUCUCUAAAAUCGAUCAAAGUGAUAUAAAUCAAAUGCAUGAUGGUAGGAAUGUUCUGAGUAAAGGUCCCCUACAUAGUGGAAAUCACGAACCAAGCAAGAGUAACGAAUUAAAAGAAUUAGACAAAUCAGGAAAUUAUAUGAAAAAAAAAAAUGUCGAUAGUAUUUUAUUGAAAGGGACUCAUACAGAACAUGGCAUUAUAUAUAAGGAAAAUUAUAUGGGAAAGGAAAAAGUAUUUACAAAACAGAAAUCAAACGUAAAUAUAUGCGAUAGCAAGCUUAUCAGGGAGUUGACAGAAAAAUCCAGUUUUUUUAUUAAUAGUGAAGAUGAUUUAUUUAACGCACAAAAAUUAAGGUUUUAUUUUUCUAAAGGGAAAAAUGCUUUAAAUAAUGGAAUAUUUAAAAUAAGGAAUGAAAAUAGUAUAUUCUCACUUUUAAAAAAUUUCUCCUUUUUUGCAGAAGGAGCCAAAGUGAGUAAUGAACCAAUGAUACAUGUGGAGGAAAAAGUCAUCGAUGAAUUCAUUUCUUAUGAAUGUAGAUAUAAGGACGAUUUGGAACAUGAACCUAAUGUUCAGCAGGUGAAAGAGAUAAAGCUCAAUGAUGUUGAGAAAGCAGGAGAAGGUUAUAUUGUCAAUUCAGUGUGUACUGAUAAGGAGAGGGAAGAAGACAAUACGAAAAAUGACACAUGUAAAAUAAUUAAUCCCAUUUAUGAUAUGAGUGAUAAGAAGGAUGUAGUGUGUUCUAAUGUAAGGGAAGAGAGAAUUGAGAUGAUCAACAGAAGUGACUAUGCUAACAUUUUUAAUGACAUGAUGUGUAGUAAAUUAGAUUCAGGAGUAGCUGAAACAAAUGUGCUUGGUGACGAAAGUGAUAUUGUGAAAGAUACAAAGAGUGGAACUGUUACAGAGGCAGAUAAGGUCUUACUGAGUAGGGUUAGUGAGGAAUUUGUUCAGAAUGAUAUUGGUGUCACGAAGGACUAUAGCACAAAUACAAUCCAUGAACUUCGUGCGCUUGAACCAUGUGUGUAUGAAAAAGCUACCAACUUAAAGAAGCAGAAUAGUGUUCCGUCUGUAAAUAACAAUGUUAUGCAUUUGAGAGAAAAAAAAGAAGAAUUAAAAAAUAUAAGCUGCACUAGCCUUGCAUGUCUUGAAGAACACAAUCUGAAAAAUCAAAGACAUUACUCCACAGAAAUUCAGAAUGGGACGUUAGGAAAUUUUGAAAUAGUUGCAGAAAGGAUAAACUUUAUUUUAAAUGAAACGGUCAAGUUUUUUAAAAAGAAUUCGUAUGUACAUAAUGGUUAUGGAAAGGUGAAAGUGUGCAAAAGUAACACAAGAAAGUUAGGGAAAAAAAAAUUCAGAAAGUGGUCUCGAGUGUACAAAAUCAAUCAGGUGGUUUGUAAAGGAGCCCACGGAGUUGUGUUUUCUGCGUGGAGGAGUGAGAACGAGAGUUGCACUAUGAGACCAUGCGAGGAUGCUGUGGAUGGAGGUGAGACAAGUGGGAGUGAAGAAGAGGAAGUUGUGGAAGAGGAGGAUAUAGGAGAGGAGGACAUGGAAGAUGAGGAUGUGGAAGACAUAGAAGAGAGACAUGUCGAGGAAGUUGCGGGAGAAAACGGAGUUUACAAUGAAAAGGGGGAUGAAAGUGAUGAGACUAGAAACGAAGAGAACAAGGACGAGGGAAAGGACGAGGGAAAGGACGAGGGAAAGGACGAGGGAAAGGACGAGGGAAAGGACGAGGGAAAGGACGAGGGAAAGGACGAGGGAAAGGACGAGGGAAAGGACGAGGGAAAGGACGAGGGAAAGGACGAGGGAAAGGACGAGGGAAAGGACGAGAGCAACAACGAGAGCAACGACGAGAGCAACAACGAGAGCAACGACGAGAGCUACGACGAGAGCAUUUACGACGAAGAUAACUUAGUGACACUUAAAAUUAUAAAUUUGCGAUAUUUAAGUAAAAAAAAUAACCUAAUAAAAAUCAUGAAAGAAGUUUAUUUUUUAAAAAUGUGUGAUCACCCUAACAUUGUUAAGUAUUAUGAGUCUUUUUUUUGGCCACCAUGUUAUUUGGUUAUAGUGUGUGAAUAUUUGUCAGGAGGGACAUUAUUCGAUUUAUAUAAAAAGUGUGGAAGAAUAACUGAAGAUAUAUUAGUAUACAUUUUAGAAGAUGUAUUAAAAGCGUUGAAUUAUUUACAUAAUGAAUGUUCAUUUAGUUUAUUACAUAGGGAUAUAAAGCCAACAAAUAUCGUUCUUUCAAAAAGUGGCGUAGCAAAGUUAGUGGAUUUUGGAUCAUGUGAAAAGUUAGUAGAUAUUAAAUCUGGGGAUAUUGCAGGAACUCUUUAUUAUAUUUCUCCUGAAAUUUUGAAGAGAGAAAAGUAUGACUGUUCAGCUGAUAUUUGGUCGUUAGGAAUAACUAUAUACGAAAUUGUGAUGUGUACCUUACCAUGGAAGAGAAAUAAAAAUAUUGAGGAAUCUGUAGAACAAAUUAUUAAUUCAUCUCCUAAAAUUAAUUUAUGCACUGGAUUUAGUAAACAUUUAUGUUUUUUUGUUGAAUCAUGUUUACAAAAUAUUCCAGAAAACAGAGCAAAUAUUUCAAAUCUAUUAGUUCAUAAAUUCAUGACAAAGAAAAGACCCAUAAAAAAAAAGCCAAAUUCGAUUUUCGAAAUUAGGGAUAUUCUCAAAAUAAAUAAUGGGAAAGAGAAAAAUAAUAUUUUUCGAAAUUUUUUAAAAAAUCUUUUUUUCUUUAAUGACAAAAAUAAAAGCAGGAGUGAAAAAGUCCUGAGUUCAAAAUCUUGUGAGCCUGAAAUGUUCUACCAAGAAUUAAAACGAGAAAACUUUGACUUUUUUGAAAUUAAGUUACGAGAUGAGAAUAGUAAAUCUCUGAAUAAUUUAAACGUUGAUAUGACUAAGUGUGGGGAAGUGAAAAAGGAGAAAGAGAAGAAGACGAAGAAGGAGAAGGAGACGAAGAAGGAGAAGGAGACGAAGAAGGAAAAGGAGACGAAGAAGGAAAAGGAGACGAAGAAGGAAAAGGAGACGAAGAAGGAAAAGGAGACGAAGAAGGAAAAGGAGACGAAAAAAAAGUAG